AUGGUUGAUUGUAAUAAGGAUGCUUGGGCUGCCAUCAUGUUUCAACUUAUCAUAAUCAAGAAGAGUGAGAUUGCGGAUAUUGGUCCCCGAGCUAUAGGCUGGCAUCUCGCCCUUGAUGGGCUGGCCAUCAAGAUGUGCUCUGAAAUAUCUUUAGAGCUGGCCGAUGAUGAGGUAUGUAUGCUGCUCCCGCUCUCUCUCGAUGGUGGUUUAGUGACGGACGAGGAUAUGCUUCGCUCUUCAACUUUUCGUGAACGUAAAGCACAGUUGUUAGCUCUGCAUAGGUUCCUCCCUCUAUGCACCUCUCCUGUGGUGAUGAUUGGUGAUAAUGCUAACACUGUUGGUGGUCGGUAUUGGCAUACUCUUGAAGCUGAUCAUGCGGCUACCGAGCUGGACCUUAGGAUGGUAACUGAAUACCAUCGGACAGUUGAUGCUACAUUGUGGGUGCCUCGUCUUUCAGUGGUUAAGCUUGUGGAUUCCAUGGCAAGGGUCCUACCACAGGAUCUUGCCUCUGGUGAUGUCACUGAGGUUGAUCCUCUGCAUAUCUCAAGUAGUCUUUUACAAGAAGACGCUAUUGGUGAGUUUUAUGCUGAGACGUUGGAUGUGCUUGGUGAUGAUGAUGACGAUAUAGCAAUUGAACCAUUUCAGUGUCCCCGUUACUGUGACUUAGAUGCAGUCAGGGAAGCCCAGCAGACAUGUGCUGAGGUUCAAGCUCUUGCUAAAGGUAACGGCUUCAUCAAAGAUGAUGAUGGAGUUGUUUUCCGGGUCCAAAGGUUCAAUGCUUUGGGUAGUAUUGUUAAGCAACUUGUACUGCCUGUCGAGGUCAGGAAGGAAUUGGUGAUGCAAGCGCAUGCAGACUGUCAUGCUAACUCGAGACAGCUGAAGUUUCUGCUCUCGGACUGGUGUUGGUUUCCGAAGAUGGGGAACCUCUGUCGUAGUGUCUGUCAAGCUUGUGGUGUGUGUCAAGUGACUGCUUCGAAACAAGGCCGAGAGCUGGCUCCAUACGGUACUCGUCGUCCUGUGGAGGGUAUGGCGGCGACAUGGCAACGUGUAGGAGUAGAUGUCCUUCAUGUUGGUUCAGGGGGAAAGCUCUUAACCUGUACUUGCUGGUAUACUGCCUACUGUGACUUUCAAAUCGUUCCUGAUACUAAGGCGGAGUCCUUAGUACGAGGGAUGACUUUGAUUUUCAUGCGUUGUGGAUUUCCAAGGGUAUGUUACUCUGAUGGUGAAUUCUCGUCAAGAUUGGUUCAGUCUUGGGCUGAGAGUGUGGGCAUAUCUUGGAAUAUACAUCCCAGUAAUCAUCCUGAAGCAGGAGGUUAUUAUGAACGACGGCAUAGGAUAAUAUUGGAAGCUUUGAGGAAGUUCGUCCUUAGCGAUGGUGGCUCAGACUGGCAUGACGAGUUGGUUUUGGAGCAAGUUAAGUGGCUGGUGAAUCAUGGUGAAAUCGGUCAGAGUGGCAUUUGUCCUGCCUUACUAUUUUAUGGUCGCACCUUGCCAGUUCCUUGUAUGAAGGGUGCUGAUGAUUCAUUGAUAUUAUCAAGGCCGAACUCCGUAUUUGACUUAAUGAAGGUUGCUGAUGCAGUUGGUGGGAAUCGGCGAAAACUCCUCGGUGUAUUCGUCAAGGAGUGGCUUCUCCAGCGAGAACGGUCUUUGCCAGUGAUCAAGUAUGAGAGCAACCUCAAGCCCGGUGAAAUGGUUUAUGUUUUCACAGAGAGAGCUCAUAAAUUAUCUCCUACCUUUCGAGGCCCUUUUCCAGUGCUGGCUACGAGAGGACGUCAUGUGAUGAUAACUACUUCAAAUGGUGUCGAGACUCAUUGGCUUGGUAACUGUAAGCGUCAUUGUUCAGAUGAAGAUGUAGCAGCUGAUCCUGCACAAUCGCAGUCAUCGGGUGCGAGUGACUCAACCAACCAGCAACUCCAGAUACGUGCUCCAGAGCGUGCUCGAGCUGAGAGUUGGACUGCAGAAGCUGCUGACCGAGCUAAGAAGUCAGCGAGGAUGUAA